AUGGUGGACGCUGCUUCUUCCAGUAAUUUCGAUGUUCAGUCUACUCUAGAUGGAGUAGGCUCUCAGCUGUGCUCCCUCUCGCAUUGGGUUACCAAGAAAGGGCUUGUCACACUUCCCGGGAACGUACAUGCAUUCGACGCCUUCCAGGUUGCCGACGGCAAACUCAGAUACACUCCCCUGACUAGCACAAAACUUGAACUUUCACUUCUGGCAUACGCUGCUAGCCAAGGCAAAUAUGAGGAAGUUAUGGUACUCCUGCUUGCAUCGGAAGCAAACAAGCAGCCCGGGGAAGCUUACGAUGAUACGUUCUACGCGGCUCUUGAUGAAGCUCUUGAUGAAGCUUUAUUUCUGGCUCUCUUUUACGGGCACAGAAAGGUGGCUAAACUUCUUCUUCGCCGUGGUGCAAAGCCAGGAGCGCAGAUAUCACACAGUGGUAUACAUGGUGCCGCAAGCCGGGGACUCCGAAAAGAGAUCCGCAAUUAUAUCAUAAGGCACCGAGUCGACCCCGACGUCUUCGACGGAUCAGGAGGGACACCAGUCAUAUGUGCGAUGCAUCUGGAUAACCCACAUGAUUGGAAUACAAUAAAGCUUUUGUUUCCGCUAGGAGCUAACACGCAAGCGCGAGUGGGCGUUGCCACUAUCGCUCUUUUUUGGUCCUAUCCCGACUUUGCGAGGGCCAUGGGCAAGGAAAAAUUAGCAAAGCAGAUGGAAAAAGCAAUUGCGUUAGACAAGUCACAUAGGGAGAUACCGGAUUACCAUUUGAUAGAUUAG